AUGGUGAUCAUCAUCAUCAUCAUCGAGAAACUCGCCAACAUAGCCAACUACCAGGAUCUGUUGGGCAGCCAUCAUCACCAACUGCUCAUAGCAGCAGCAGCAGCAGCAGCAGCAGGAGUGACACCAGCAGCAACACUCAUACCCUCGCCCACGCCCUCGCCCCUGCCCAUCCAGUUACCGCAGCCACCCCCAACCAUCCAACAACAAUUGAACCAACAACCAACCAACCAGGGACCGGUGUUCGAAAAAGCCAUCACCAUUUCGUCGUUGGCGAUUAAACGCAGGCCGACGCUGCCGCAGACGCCAGCAAGUGCCCCACAGGUGUUGUCGCCGUCGCCUAAACGUCAGUGCGCCGCCGCCGUCUCCGUUCUGCCAGUCACUGUGCCUGUCCCAGUGCCAGUGCCCGCUGGAGUAGCCGCCUCAUUGAAGGGUCAUCAGCUGAGUUUUGCCCAUCCGACACAGUUUGCGGCCGCUGUAGCUGCCCACCAGCAACACCAACAGCAGCAGCAGGUCGUCGCCCAACAGCAGCAACAGGCUCACCAGCAAGCGCAACAACAGCAGGUUGCAGCAGCCGCCUACCAUCAUCACCAGCAACAGCAACAACAUCAUCAGCAACAACAGCAGCAGCGUCUCGUGCAAUUUAAUCAGGCAGCUGCCGCCGCUGCUUUACUCAAUCAGCACCUACAGCAACAACAACAGGUUCAAGUUCAACAGCACCAACAACUAUCACACUACGGCGGUUAUCAACUGCAUCGUCAAUACGCUCCUGCACAACAACAACAACAACAACAGCAGCCACAACAGUCGCACAUUUUGUUGAGCAACAGUAGCACCACUGGUAAACAGCAUCAAACAGGAGGAGCAGCAAUAUCUGUGACAGCAGCAACACCAACGGCCACUACAGCAGCAGCAGCAGCCACAGCAGCGGUAAUAGUGACACCAACACCAACUGCAAUUCACUCUAACACCAGCAAUAGUUCGCCCAAUAGUCCCGCCCAAGAACUGCAAUCACACGAAUCCAACUCCGCGUCCGCCUCAGCGCCGACCACGCCUUCGCCGGCAGGAAGCACCAGUGCUAACUCAACAUCAGUGACAGGAACAGCCGCAGUAGCAUCGGUCAGUGACAGCAACAACAACAUUAACCUUAACAACAGCAGCAGCAGCAGCAGUAGCAGAGACGCCAACGCCAUAAUGGAAAAUCAAAUGGCUCUGGCUCCGCUGGGACUCUCACAGAGCAUGGACUCGGUGAACACGGCCAGCAAUGAAGAAGAGGUGCGAACACUUUUCGUCAGCGGUUUACCCAUGGAUGCCAAGCCGCGUGAACUUUAUUUGCUGUUUAGAGCCUACGAAGGCUACGAAGGAUCUCUGUUAAAAGUGACUAGCAAAAAUGGUAAAACUGCUUCGCCUGUGGGCUUUGUUACAUUCCAUACAAGAGCAGGAGCUGAAGCUGCCAAACAGGAUUUGCAGCAGGGUGUACGCUUCGAUCCCGAUAUGCCCCAAACAAUACGCUUGGAAUUCGCCAAGAGUAACACGAAAGUGAGCAAACCCAAACCACAGCCCAAUACAGCGACAACAGCCUCACAUCCUGCAUUGAUGCACCCACUCACAGGACAUUUGGGUGGACCGUUCUUUCCGGGCGGACCAGAGCUAUGGCAUCAUCCGUUAGCCUAUUCAGCAGCCGCUGCUGCUGAACUGCCCGGAGCUGCUGCCCUGCAGCAUGCAACACUUGUACAUCCGGCACUGCAUCCGCAGGUGCCAGUACGCUCCUAUCUCUGACUAAAUACAGACAAAGUAAUGGAGCAGCCUAUGCAUCAAACUCAAGUCGCUAUGCCACCACAUCAUCAGACCACUGCAACUGCUAUACAUCCCGGAGCUGCUAUGGCUCAUAUGGCAGCUGCUGCUGCCGCCGCCGCUGCCGCAUCUAACCCAACAGGGCCAUCUCAAGGGGCAGCUGCUGCUGCCGCCGCUGCUGCUUCGCAUCAUCAUUUUUUAUCCAGCCCAGCGCUGGCGAGUCCAGCUGGAUCUACCAAUAAUGCCACACAUCCAGGCAAUCCCCAGAUAGCAGCCAAUGCGCCGUGCUCGACGCUGUUUGUGGCCAAUUUGGGACAAUUUGUGUCCGAGCAUGAGCUAAAGGAGGUCUUCUCUAGUAUGCCUGGCUUUUGUCGCCUACGAAUGCACACAAAAGGUAUGCACCAAAUCACAACUUCUACUCUGCCUCUGACUUUGUCUUCAACUGCAACCAAAUCAACUUCAACUUCCUACUCUUCAAUUAUCACCAAUGCAAAUGCCAAUGCCAAUGCCAACAUAGUCGAUUCAGCAAGCAGCAACACCAAUGGUACCAGUCCAGUGGCAUUUAUUGAAUUCAAAGAUGCCCCAAGCGCUGCUCAGGCCAUGCAGCAUUUGCAGGGCAAGUAUCUACUUAGCUCGGAUCGUGGAUCGAUACGCAUUGAAUACGCCAAAACCAAAAUGUUGAACGAUGUUGCUCUUAUGAUGAAUCCCAAAUCAUCGGCAGCAAGCAUGACAGCGGCAGCAGUUGCCGCCGCACCACCGCCAGCACCGCUUCAUCCGAUAUUUAUGCUAAAUGGCGGCGGUUUGGACAUAGAUCAUAUCAGUAGUAGUAAUAUGCUAGUUGCUGCCCAUCAACCACCACCACCGUCACCACUAGUAGCACCACUUCAUUCUUUAGGCAACAACAGCAACAUUUUGACAGCAGCAACAACUGCACUUGAACAGCAGCGCCAACAACUCCAACAAUUCCAUCAGCAGCAGCAACAACAGCAACAGCAACAACAGCAGCAGCAACAACAGCAACUUCAGCAACAGCAAUUGGUCGCAUCUUCUCUUUGCACCACCACCACCAACAGCACAACCACCUCUAAUGUUGUUGUUAAUUCACUUCAGCACCACCAACUUCAUCCAAAUCAGCACCACCAAAAUCAUCUCUUUAGAGACAGGAGCGGGUAUGGAAUCAAGGCAUGAUUUGCUAACUAAAAAACUAGAACGCGAAAUGCAACAGCAGCCACAACAAACGCAAAUGCAUCUGCAGCAGCAACAACAACAACA